CUCCAGUCUUUCUCAGGCCACAGUGGUGUCAAUUACCACCACACCGAGCUGCCUUCUCUUUUCAACCACAUGUCCUUUCCAAUACGAUUAACUCUCUUUUCUCUCUGAGGCUGUGGUGCAUUCGUUGGAUGAUUUAAAACCUGCAGACACUCUCAAGGUUUCAUUAAUAGUUGUACUAUUCUGGAUAGCAACAUGUCAAGGACGAAUUGUGAUCAGCUGCAUCAUGCCACUUUAGGGAUUUACUCGAACUUGAUGGAUGAGUUCAACCCGAGCCUACAGAAACUGGUAUCACUGGGAAACAGCUAUGUCCAAGCUUUUAAGGCUCUUGCGGUAACAAGUGAGGCGUACUACAGUGCUCUUUCGAAGAUUGGAGAGACAGCUUUCCACACAAUGUCCUCACGAUCCAUAGGAGACAUCCUGAUUCAGAUCUCUGAGAACCAAAGAAGACUCACCAUGGAGCUGGAUGUAUUAUUCCGCUCAUUCAGUGUGGAGGUUCUUCAAGAGAUGGACAACAACAUUAGACUGGACAAAGAUUACAUAGCAGGCAGUCGGAAUCACUAUGAGAUGGAAGUCCACAACCAGGCAACAGCUCUGGAAAGAAACCUGAGGAGAGGAACUAACCAGGAUUAUAGUGGGUAUGUACAUUUCCUGAGGGAGAGCCAUGGGGAGGCUCUGAAGGAAGAGGAGAGGAGAUAUCGCUUCUUGGCUGAGAAACACUGUGGACUGGUGCAGUCCAUUGCCCACCUCAUGAAUAAGAUAGGUGGUUCUCUCCAGCAGAGAGCUGAUGCCUGGGCAGAGGAGGUGAACGCUACCAGACGACCUGAGGCCAGACGUCCAGCUACUGUGGACAACACUAUGGGAAUAAAUCGUGGGGAGAUCAGAGAGAUCAGAGAGGACCUGUCCCUUGGUAAAAUACCGUCAAGGGCCCCAUCUCCCCAGGGAAGCAUUUCUCGCUUUGCAGCAGACUCGGUGGGAGGUGGUGGCAGAGGAAGAUCUACAAGGGCCCGGGUUGCCCACCAACCUGCUGCCUCCAACCCCACCUUGCUGCCCUUCACCAGGGGAGAGAUAAUCACUGUGCUGGUCCAACAGCCCAAGAACGGCUGGCUGUUUGGACGUAUUGACAGCAGCUCACGUCAGGGAUGGUUUCCAGCAUCAUAUGUAGAACCAGUGGAUGAUCCUCCACAGUCAAACAGCUCCAGAAACUCUACCCUCCGAAGCAGCAGCAGCAGCAGCAGCAUGAGCAGCCUGCUGAACCAACCAGGAAGCAGCAGCCACAGCAGAGCAGCACCCCCUCCCCCUCCACCUCCACCACCACCUUCAUCUUUGUCUUCAAAUAAACACUCUGAGAUGCCACCAAUCACACCUUCGAGUAGGGUUGAGUCAAACUCAGAAAACAAGAGAUCUCAAUCACACGGAUCACCACCAGAACUCUUCCCAAGGGGUACCAACCCAUUUGCGACAGUUAAGCUGAAGCCCACAUCCACCAAUGACAGAUCGGCCCCACGUCUGUACCGCAGAUGAUCUUAACCCAGAAACAAAUGCUUUCAUUAGGCAGUUCAUUUAUGACCUUGGCUGUAUGUAAAGUGAAUGCUAAAUGGACGUUGUUUUGUCAGUAAAUACUUUAGUACUUUGACAUACUUCUGCUCACCAUAGAGCCCCACUGCUCAGAUACAGAAAGAGGAAAUUUUUGAAAUUCUUGGGUUUGCACGAGGAUUUUAGAUUUUAGAUUGAAAAAAGUUUGAAUUUAAUAACUUUUGUGGCAUUUCUAUUUUGGGUAAUUUAAAAUUGCAAGUCAGCACUGUCUGAGAAAGAGGUCCACAGCAGCAGUGAUGUCAUCAUUGCUGUCAAAAUGUCAACCACUGAGAUCCCUUUACAUCUCUGAGAGUGCCAAAUCAGGUGAACAGGGCGGGUGUUGGUCAAAUUCCAGUCCACAUUCAGCGGAUGACUGCACAAAGGCUGAGACUGUACAGAAAAGCCACAAAAGUUACUUCAAACUUUCUGCAAAAUCACUCAAAAAGUUCAACUGCAUGCUUAUGUAACAAGAGCUGUUUAGACCAUAAAAUUAUCACUCACCCCUCAUAUUCUUUAGAUCUUGGUAAACCAACAGCAAACAUGAUGGUGUCCUUAUCUUUUUUAUGUAUAUGAUGGGUUCUCUGCUCUGUGAUUUGUAAAGUGAACAAUAGUGAUAUAAAUACAGUUCAAUAUAAUUAUAUUUUACAUAGUACAAUAUAAUGUAAACUAAUAUAUAUCUUGAUCUUACCUGGUCUUAGAUCAUCCAUCCUCUGUGAUGUUUGAUUUGUUGGUACUCAAAUGCUAUCAGCUGAUGUGAAUGACUUGGAUAUUGUCCAGUACAGUCUUUGAUAUGCACAGCUGAUGUUAGGAAUCGGUUGCUAAGACCUUGUUGAUGUGCAACAUAAGACACAUCUUCUUUUAUGUAAGAUGCUCAGGGAUGGACGCUUUAUGCCAUGCACAAUAUGAAAAUGCUUUGGUGAUCUUCUCUAUGUUUUAUAUUUUUGUAUUGCCAUUGUGUUGUGUCCACCAUUUAUUCCUACACUGUCUAUGCGAGAAUUAAGAUGAUUGCUUAAUAUUAAUUGCAUUACAAAUGUACUUUGGAAAAUGGCUUGUAGAAAAUGAUAAUGUAACCUCUGGCAGAUAAUGAAAUAUCUUGGUAAAAUAGGAUAAUAUGUCUGAGGCAGAGAUGUAAUGAAAAAUGCAAUGCAUUCAUGGAUUAUGUAAUACCGUCAUUAUAGCAUCAUAUAAUUACUUUAACCAGUGAGUUAAAGCUGAGGCCUUUAUAGGCAGCUGGCAUUUUUUACAGAUGGUAUAAUGAUAAUUUUGUUAUAUACUGUAUUAUAGUAACUAACAAAUAAAAAUUCAAGUCAUUGCAUAAUCAAAAUACUGGUAUUACAUCAUCAGUUAAAGCCCCUGAAAACAUGAUCUUAAAGGUGCCAUAUAUAUGUUUUUGCUAUUGCUACAUAGCCUGCACUAACAGCUUUUUACUUACCAAGCACUGCCUGCAUCUGAGGGCAGACUAGGCGCUACAGUGACUCACCAUUGAAAAGUGGUAUUACAAGACAGAAAGGGCUGGGGCUAGCUGCUUAGCAUGCUGACUUCAGUAGAAGAAAAGAAGUGAUAGAAAUAGAAGCAAAACAAGAGUUGCCUUUGCUUGGUGAGUAAAGGAAUGAAGUUUGAUGCUGAACUUGUAACAUUUCUUCUAGACUGGUAGUAAACAAUUGUUAAUGCUAAUGUUGGCUAAACAUACAUGUAGCACUUUUAAGUAUUUCUGUAGCACAUUAAAUAUUGACUGCUAAAUAAGCAGCAACCAAGCUAUUAGGUAAUAUCUUUAGAGUUUAAAGCUUGAAAACUGUAGAUGUUUUUUGAUGUUGUUAAAUUCUGAUUGGAGCAUGCAAGCUCAUAACAUCACCUUUUCUAGCGGAACCAUUUUAGAGGAGAAGUUCAACAACACAAACAAAGAAGAAGAAAAAACUCUUCUGAAAUAACAAAAGCUUUGACGAGAAAUAACACAUUUGUGUAAAAUCUCAGCACUCAUAAUAAAAAGUUAGUUGAGAAAAUGUUAUAAGAGCCUUUAAAAGUAUGUCACACUCCUAAUUGUCAUACUGUGUUUAUUAAAAUGACAUUUUACAGUG